AUGGCUUCAGUCUGUGUCGCCGUCCGCGUCCGUCCACUGAACACCAGAGAAAAGAAGUCUUCAUCGAAGGUGAUUAUCCAAGUGCAGGGAAAAACUACAACUAUUCAUAAGCCUAUAGGCCUUUCUGUUCGAGGGGAUGAACAGAAGACCUUUUCAUUUGACUUCUCAUAUGAUUCAAGUGACCCGGAGAGUCCCUCAUUUGCAUCUCAGGAAAAGAUAUUUAAGGACUUGGGGUGUGAUGUCCUUAAAGCUGCAUUUGAUGGUUUCAACGCCUGUAUAUUCACCUAUGGACAAACAGGCUCAGGAAAAUCUUAUACCAUGAUGGGCAAUGCAGAAGAUAAAGGUUUAAUCCCACGGAUCUGUGAAGGCCUGUUCAGUGAGAUAUCCCAGAGAAGCAAGAGUGAUGCUGUGUCAUACUGCACAGAGGUUAGCUAUUUAGAAAUUUACAACGAACGUGUGCAGGACCUUCUCAGAAAGAAUACUACACCCACAGAUAGUGGAGGCUUGAGGGUGAGAGAGCACCCAAGGAGUGGACCAUAUGUACAAAACCUGUCCAGGCACCUGGUGCACAACUACUGUCAAAUAGAACGGCUAAUCCUUCUUGGAAAUGUAAACCGUACAACAGCCACCACGGACGUGAAUGACUUCAGCAGCCGCUCUCACGCCAUCUUCACCAUCAGAUUUACUCAGGUGACUUUACUGCCAUGUGAGACGCUGAGUAAGAUCCACCUUGUAGACCUGGCAGGCAGUGAGAGAGCUGAUACCACACACACCACUGGCGCCAGGUUGAAAGAAGGUGCCAACAUUAACAAAUCCCUGGUUGCCCUGGGCUGUGUGAUCUCGACUCUGGUCCUCUUUCAAAAUAUAGAGACAACAAAAAAGAAGAAGCAGAUGUUCAUUCCAUACAGGGACUCUGUGCUCACAUGGCUGCUAAAGGACAGCUUGGGUGGGAACUCCAAGACAACUAUGAUAGCAACCGUUUCUCCUGCCGAUGUUAACUAUGGUGAGACCCUGAGCACUCUGCAAUAUGCCAGCCGAACUAGAAACAUAGUUAACACUCCCACCGUGAAUGAAGACAGCACUGUAAAGACGAUCAGAGGGCUACAGGCAGAGGUUGCCAGGCUCCAAAGGCUACUAGAGGAAGCCAGUCAGGUGUUGAAGCUGUCUAGCCCUGUGAAGGUAAAAGAGGAGCUGCAUGAGAAUCAGGCGAAGGAGGAGACAGUGGCUCUGAGGAAGGAGGGGAGUGGAGUGGUCCUGGACUGUCAGCUGCCUCAUCUGAUAGGCAUCGAUGAAGACCUGUUGAGCACUGGCAUCAUCCUUUAUUAUUUGAAAGAGGGUCGAACCACAAUUGGAAGUAAUGAAGCAUUAUGCACUGAGGAUAUUGUACUUCAUGGACCUGGGCUCCUCGGCAAACAUUGUGUGCUUGAGAACCAAGGUGGGACUGUGACUCUGAUCCCUCUGGACGGUGCACUGUGUUUAGUCAAUGGCUCUGCUGCAAGUGAUCCCUGCCCGCUGACUCAGGGUGCCAUAUUACAGCUAGGAAAAGGCAUUAUGUUUCGCUUUAACCACCCAGCUCAGGCUGCCCAACUCAGAAAGAAACAGCAGAGUGGGCUGCUUUCUGCCAUCAGCUUGUCUUUGACUGACAUGUCCAAAUCUGCUGAGAAUCUAUCCAAGGUGAUGCUGCAGUAUCCAGGUUUGAUGGAAGGGAAGUGCGCCCAGCAGGAAAAGGAAUGGCUGCAGGUCCCAGACAGACUGAACAACCACAACCAGGGUGUUAAAGGAUUUGCUCAAAAAAACAGAAGAGAUUCUUAUCUACAAAGAGGAGAAGAGGAGUCAAAAGGAGCAGAGACAGAGGAGGCUGGCUGUAGCCUGAUGGAUAUGGCAGCUAUGGGCACAGACAAAGCAGCAGAGAAACUCAUAACUACGUUGGACGGAGGCGCUGCACAGGGUGGGGUAAGCACCAGGGAUGGCCCGGAGCAGGAGAGGGACUCAUGUCAUAAAUCAGGGCCAGAGCUCACGUCUGAGAGGCCGUGGAGGAAAGCUGAGAGUGGGGCUGGAGUUGCAAGUUAUAGGGGAGAGGUUUGGUCAGGGGAUGCCAGCCUCCAGCAGACAGGUGUCCUGGGCCCAGGUGAUGGAUGUGGCAUGAAGCCGGGGGGGGAUGCUAACGAGAUCCAAGGUGUCAUGGCAGACUGCUACAAGGGGAGACCUGGCUCUGGUGGGAGCUCAUUAGGCAGCGUAUCCCACCUGCAGAGCACUGGAGGAACUAGCUCCACGUCUGUCCUCCCACAGACCAGCACUCAUUCUCAAUUUGACAACAAGCCUCUCAGCAGUCAGGGAGUUCGCCGUCCACCUAAGGAAACUACCUACAAGGACCACUUCAUCUGUGGAGGGAUGGAUGAAUCUAGAGGUUUGGAGGAAGAGAUACGGGGAGUUUGUGUGACAACAAGUGAAGAAGCUGCAGUUCAAAGCUCCGGUCUGGGUUCUUUGGUCAACACGGUGUCUGGGAUUGUCCAGGAUGCAGGGCGUCUACUUCGGAGCUCUUCUGUAGUGUUGCAGAAAGUCAUAGAGCAAGGACUACAUCCUGCUUCAGUCAACUGGUCCAGUCACAUGGCCACUCUCGUCAAGGAAAGCAAGGUCAUGUCUGUGGUUAAGGACAGCUGUGUGUUCUCUCUGGUCAAAAGGAGCUGUGUUACUUCUCUAUUCAGUGAUGGUCCCAUUUUUUCCAUGGUGAAAGAUAUCCCUCUCAUUCAGCACAUUCAGAUGGAGAUUAGUCAACACCUUCACCUGGCAGAUGGUACCAGGAUGAUUCAAGGUUGUGUUGGUCCUAACACCACAGAUCUUCCAGUCCUAUCUCCAAAACAUAAGAGUGAAGACAUGGCAACUCUGUCGCUUAUUCAACGUGACAUCUGUACAAUUAAUGGUAGUAUUGAGUCACCACAAGCACAGGCAGUGGUUGGUACUAAUGUAAAACACACAGAGAUGAUGAUGACAGAGCUGCAGCAGAGAAGUGAGUCGGAGGUAGCCUAUGUGUCUGGAGAAAAGGAACAAGUAUCCGACAACUCCUUAAUUAUGAAGUCCAAGGAUGUCAAAAUCUUCUGUCAGACAUUGAUAACAUACCCCAAGUCACUACUGGAUUUAAAAACCUUGUCUCUGUUGGACCUGGUUGCCUCUUUACAGUCUGUAAUCCCCACCUCAGUGUUCACCUCUCAGAAGACUGUAGCUCUAUUCUGGUUGAAUGUGACUAAGUAUAACCAACCAGAAGCUCAUCCUGCCCUUUUGCUUGUGAUGGAGACUGGUCUUUACACCCUGACCAAUAUGUGUGGAUGCCUGGAGUUGUUCCAUCACUUCCCUUUGCUCCAGCUGAAGGAGGUGCAGAUAGGCUUUGCAGGCCACAGUGUGUGCUUGAUGGGGACCACAGAGGAGAGCAUCCUGGGUGUUUAUACCUACAAUGAGAGGCUUACCAAAGAGCUGUGCUGGGCCAUACUCGGUGUCCUCUGCCCUGGAGACAGCCGGGUCUCCCAGCAUCCCUUGCUCCAUGGAGACUUGAUGAGAAUGUCUCUAGACUGGCAGGUUUAUGUACCCGACCUGCUGCUGGAUGCUGGUUUAAGGGUGUACUGCCAUUUUCAGAAGAAUCUCGCUGAUCUUGUUUACCUAUUUCAUGGUAGCAUGGAUAAAGAAAAGAUAAGCCUGGGAGAGGUUCAGCUGCUUCUGUACGUAGGUGUAGGGAUACGUGGUAACACAAACACCUAUACAGAGCAUUUAGCGCAGCUCUUUUUGACCGAUACCCACCUCGGUCUGGUACAGGAGGACGUCGUCUUUCAUCCUCCUCCACACUCUGUCACUGUGGAGCUCAGCCGUCUGCAGUUUCAUGACUUAACUCUUCAUCAGCUCUCAGAUGUGCGCUGUGUAGUGGUGCAUGAUGAAGAUGAGCGUGGAGCUGUCACAGUGGAUGUAAUCCUGGCAAAUGUGAAGGCCAGAGGUCACCCCGAAAGCGUGACUGAGGCAGCUAUCCCGUCUGUGCAUACUUCACAUUCAGCCUCACAUGCAGAAUGGCUUCACACUCCGGCAUCCCACAUUCAGAUCCUCUCUGACGCCCGUAAUCAUGCCAAGCUGAUGGGCACGCUGUUCCUGGCGUGUGGAUGGAGGCAGUGA